GUAACAGCCCACAAAGUUUCUCAGCCAGGUGACAGUUGAGUCGGAAGGGAAACAGCACGGACGCUUCCUGCGCAACCAAACCGAGUACAUUAAGACAUUUAGCAGCUCCAAACCAAAGUCAGACACAGAUUAUCAGUUAUUAUUACAGCUUACUGAUUUUUUUUCUAAGCUCGUAAACCGACAAAAAAAAAAAAAAAGCCUCCCUUCCGUCCUUCUUCAGCUAACAGCAGAAGCCGAGGACGUGUAACGUUAGCUCGCGUCGUCACUUCAACAACGUUGUCUUUUCUAUAGCCGGACGCCGACAACAUGUCAGACACAGCGGCGGAGGCAAAGCCCGAGGUGAAGCAGGCGAGCAAAGAAGUGAAGGAGAGCGAAAAUGUCGCGGAGAAAUACUCGGCCAUGACCGUGAGCAAGAACAGCGAAAUUAACAUGGGAGAGCUGUCGUCGGUCUUCAGCGCCGUGCCCACGCACAAACCCGUGAAAAAGCAAAUUCAGUUUGUGGAGGAAAAGCAGGAGUUCAGCAGGUUCCCCACAAAAACCGGCCGCCGCUCGCUGUCCCGCUCCAUCUCGCAGUCCUCCACGGACAGCUACAGCUCUGCUGCGUCCUACACCGACAGCUCAGAUGACGAGACCUCGCCUCGGGACAAAGCCCAAGUGAACUCCAAGGGCAGCAGCGACUUCUGCGUGAAAAACAUCAAGCAGGCUGAAUUUGGCAGACGGGAGAUCGAGAUAGCAGAACAAGAUAUGUCGGCGCUGAUCUCACUCAGGAAGCGAGCGCAGAGUGAGAAACCUUUAGCCGGUGCCAAAAUCGUGGGCUGCACUCACAUAACUGCUCAGACUGCAGUGCUGAUUGAGACUCUGGUGGCUCUUGGGGCUCAGUGCCGUUGGACUGCCUGUAACAUAUAUUCAACGCAGAACGAAGUCGCCGCUGCCCUGGCGGAGAACGGCGUGGCUGUGUUUGCCUGGAAAGGAGAAUCUGAGGAUGACUUCUGGUGGUGUAUUGACCGCUGUGUCAACAGUGAGGGCUGGCAGCCCAACAUGAUCCUGGAUGACGGUGGAGACCUGACGCACUGGGUGUACAAGAAAUAUCCGAAUGUCUUCAAAAAGAUCAGAGGCAUAGUAGAGGAGAGUGUUACCGGGGUUCACAGGUUGUACCAGCUUUCUAAAGCAGGGAAGCUGUGUGUCCCAGCCAUGAAUGUAAACGACUCCGUGACCAAGCAGAAGUUUGACAACCUGUACUGCUGCAGGGAGUCUAUCCUAGACGGCUUGAAGAGAACCACAGACAUCAUGUUCGGAGGCAAACAGGUGGUGGUAUGUGGGUACGGUGAGGUUGGAAAGGGUUGUUCUGCAGCUCUGAAGGCAUUGGGCGCCGUUGUCUAUGUUACAGAGAUUGAUCCCAUCUGUGCCCUGCAGGCCUGCAUGGACGGAUUCAGGGUCGUCAAGCUGAAUGAGGUCAUCCGCCUGGUUGACGUUAUCAUCACAUGCACCGGGAAUAAAAACGUGGUGACCAGAGACCAGCUUGACCGAAUGAAAAAUGGCUGCAUUGUGUGCAACAUGGGACACUCAAACACCGAGAUUGAUGUGGCAAGUCUACGGACUCCUGAGCUGACGUGGGAACGAGUCCGCUCUCAGGUGGAUCAUGUCAUCUGGCCUGAUGGCAAACGGGUUAUCCUCCUGGCUGAGGGACGUCUCCUGAACCUGAGCUGCUCCACCGUUCCCACCUUUGUCCUUUCUAUCACAGCCACCACUCAGGCUUUGGCCCUCAUAGAGUUGUAUAACGCUCCAGAGGGACGUUACAAACAAGAUGUUUACUUGCUUCCCAAAAAAAUGGACGAGUAUGUUGCCAGCUUGCAUCUGGCCACUUUUGAUGCCCACCUGACGGAGCUCAGUGAUGAGCAGGCAAAGUAUCUGGGUUUGAAUAAAAAUGGUCCCUUCAAGCCAAAUUACUACAGGUAUUAGGCUAAUAACACCAAAGUCCACAACAUCUCUAUGUGGAUCUGUACGUUUCUGAUGAACCCGUCCUCCUGGCUACAGAUAUAUAUGUAUAUUGUAUUUUAUACUAUCCACAGGAUGCACAAGCUAUAUUUAGACUCAUGUGACUUGCUGCUUCCUGUAGAUGAUGCACGUGGCACUUAGUUGGCUAUAAAAGGUUGAUGUAAUAAUUACAGCGCUCAGAUGUCUGAUAUGAGAUGUACUGAAUGUGUUUCUUUACCUGCUGCUUCCUGUCUGAGAGCUACUGAGAGCUUUUCCAGUAAAUUGUGCCAAACGACAGUGAAAGGGUUGGUGUUGUGGAAGACAAA